CGACUGCCAACAACAGCUAACACAGUACAUCCUGCGCCAGUGUCUUUCUAUUGUGUGUGGAAAGGCUCUCCAUAGCUUGUUUUUACAGAAACUGCGAGCUUAGUCCUGAGACAACUAGCAGCUAUGAACAUGGAUGGCUUCGAAGAUGAGAACCCUUUUGAACAAGACGCGGAACAUAUACCCUCAGAAGCAUCUUCAACAUCCAAAGUAGCCCUUUAUGAACCCUCUUCACCACCCCUACACCCUUCUCGCCAACUUUCGCCCACUUCACCCACUUCACCCCGCACGAAUCGUCCCCCAUUUCCCUCUUCGGGUUCCCACCGGCAACCAUACUCGAACUACAAGACUGACUACUGUUGUGCACGCGAUAGGGUGUUACAUUCGGGGGACGACGUCGAGAUACUUAUCACAGACGCACAAAAGACCUCUCUCGGUGCUGGUUCGACUUACAUAGCAUAUGUUAUCAAAACAGGUAACACAGAAGCAAGACACCGUUAUUCGGAGUUCGAGUCUUUUCGAGAGAGCCUUGUCAAGUUGUACCCGACGAUAAUCGUUCCUCCAAUCCCAUCGAAACAACCCCUUACGGACUAUGCGGUCAAACAAGGUAAGGCCAAAGAGGAUGUAACCUUGAUUGCACGCAGGAAACGAAUGUUGCAAACGUUUUUGAACCGUGUCGCUCGUCAUCCUAUUUUAUCAAAUGAGCAUGUGUUUCAUCGCUUCCUUGAUGGCGAAGUGUCGUGGACCGAGGUCUUGAAUUCACCACCCUUGUCAUUACUUCCAAAGAAUAUACUCAAAGCGCCGUCACAUAAUCCUACUGACCAAAAUGCUUCGCUCGCCUAUGCUGCGCUUCCUAACCCCUCAGCUGCGCAUCCUCUACGGCAGCCAGAUCAACGAUUCCUGGACUCCGAAGCUUUUACCCACAAAUUCGCUAAUCACGUCAGCGGUCCAAUGGAGAAGGUGACGCGUCGUGUGAUUAAGCGCUGGUCAGACUAUGCUUCUGAUCAUUCAGAUCUUGGCGCAUCGUUGAACGGUUUCAGCUUGAAUGAACCUGGUUCAUUGUCGGCGGCUGUCGAAAAAACUGGCCAAGCCGUCGAUGCUACGUUCAUGUCAACGACAAAACUGAUACAAGAACUUGAGCAAAACUGGGCAGAGCCGCUUCAUGAAUAUGCGCAGUUUGCUGCCAUCAUCAAGAGACUUCUUGCUUAUCGACACCAAAAGCAUGUUCAGUACGAAAUGACUCAGGAUGUUCUUGAAAAUAAACGAGAGCAAUUGGAAGAACUGGAGAAGAGUGAGCGGGAGGCUAGACGGCUCGAAGAGGCCUUGGGUCGGGGAAAGGUUACCAAUGGACUGGCGUCCCCUACCACUCAGGACUCAGAAGGAAAUAGUGAUACACCUGAAACACCAAUUACGCCUGGCUCUGCGUUUCUGCCUCCACACCCUGGUCCAAACCCAGCACGGAGACGGACGAAAGCUCCCGGUAUGGGUUUGUUGAAUGCUUUGAGUUAUACAUUGCAUGGUAUGAUGGACGUCGACCCUGAAGUCGCCCGUCGGAAUGGCAUUACCAAAACACGAGAGAACAUAUCGCAGCUUGAAGAUGCGCUUCAUUUGGCAGCUCAGGACCUCAAAUACUCGAGCUCAACGAUUCAAGCUGACUUGGAUAGAUUUCAACGACAGAAGGUGGCUGACAUGAGGGAAAUGUGUAUUAGCAUGGCAAGGAGCCAUCGGGAUUGGUGUAAGAAGAAUUUGAAAGCAUGGGAGGAUGCGAAGAAGGAAAUUGAGAAGAUGCCAGACCAUCCCAACAAGGCUCCGGUUACUCCAGAGGCGACAUCAACUGUUCCAGUGGCGUCUCCUGCGAAGCAAAAGGAUUCAACUACGGUGAGCGGGCGGUGA